UCCCGGUCUUGAUGCGGCUGCGGGGUCGGGGCGGAGGAUUCCAAAGGCGCGCGCGAAUGGCUACGCCUCUGCGUUCGGCGGGUAGGGCCAAGCUUCCCCACCACCCUUCCCAACUACCCUCACCCAGGCUUCGCUAUGCUCACAGCCCCCACCUCCAGGACUCUUCCAGCCCACGCUCAGACGAUUGCUCUCAAAGAAAAGCACAAAGACUGAGAAGAGUUGAGACUCGAACCCAGGUCUCCCUCCCCUACCCCUUUACACUACCCUGCGAUCCUGCCAGCUCUUUCUGUUUGCUGGUGCCUCCGCGGCUGUCCGAGCCCCGCCCCGAAAGUUCGCACGUGGCCCCCGCCUGACCCGGCGCCUGGGGGCGGAGUAGGGCAGGGCGGGGCGGUCGGCAAACGCAGCACUUUCGCGGCUUUGACGAUCCCGCAACGGCCGGACUGGAGCGCUGAGGGGGCCCCGAGACUGCGCGAUGCAGGAAGCGCCCGCGGCGCUGCCCACGGAGCCAGGCCCCAGCCCCGUGCCUGCCUUCCUCGGCAAGCUAUGGGCGCUGGUGGGAGACCCAGGCACCGACCACCUGAUCCGCUGGAGCCCGAGCGGAACCAGCUUCCUCGUGAGCGAUCAGAGCCGCUUCGCCAAAGAAGUGCUACCCCAGUAUUUCAAGCACAGCAACAUGGCCAGUUUUGUGCGCCAACUCAACAUGUAUGGUUUUCGGAAGGUCGUGAGCAUCGAGCAGGGUGGCCUACUCAGGCCAGAGCGUGAUCACGUAGAGUUCCAGCACCCGAGCUUCGUGCGUGGCCGUGAGCAGCUCCUGGAGCGCGUGCGCCGCAAGGUUCCUGCUUUGCGGGGUGAAGACAGUCGCUGGCGCCCUGAAGACUUCGGCAGGCUGCUAAGCGAGGUGCAGGCUUUUCGAGGAGCGCAGGAGAGCACCGAGGCGCGGCUGCGGGAGCUCAGGCAGCAAAAUGAGAUCUUGUGGCGAGAGGUAGUGACACUGCGACAGAUCCAUGGACAGCAGCAACGGGUUAUUGGCAAGUUGAUCCAGUGCCUCUUUGGGCCACUCCAGGCAGGCCCCAGUAGUGCUGGAACCAAGAGGAAGCUGUCCCUGAUGUUGGAUGAAGGGAGCUCAUGUCCAGCACCUGCCAAAUUCAGUGCCUGCCCCCUACCUGGUACCCUCCUGCAGGAUCCUUACUUUACUCAGUCGCCCCUCCCAGAGACUACCUUGGGCCUUAGCCCUCACAGGGCCAGAGGGCCCAUCAUCUCUGACAUCCCAGAAGACUCUCCAUCCCCUGAAGGGCCCAGGCUUUCUCCCUCCUCCAGUGGUGGCAGGAGGGAGAAGGGCCUGGCACUGCUCAAAGAAGAGCCGGCCAGUCCAGGGGGGGAUGGCGAGGCCGGGCUGGCCCUAGCCCCAAACGAGUGUGACUUCUGCGUGACAGCCCCCCCACAAUUGCCUGUGGCUGUGGUGCAGGCCAUCCUGGAAGGGAAAGGGAGCUUCAGCCCUGAGGGGCCCAGGAGUGCCCAACAGCCUGAACCAAAGGACCCCAGGGACGUAACUGACAGGGGAGUUCUGGGCCUAGAGCAGGGAAAUCGGAGCCCAGAGAAUCUGCUUCCUCCAAUGCUGCUUCGGCCUGCCCCGGAAAGCGUGGAGCCUGUAGUACCCCUGGAUGUGUUGGGCCCCAGCCUCCAAGGACGAGAAUGGACCCUGAUGGACUUGGACAUGGAACUCGCCCUGAUGCAGCCCUUGGUUCCAGAGAGGGGUGAGGCUGAGCUGGCAGACAAGGGGUUGAAUUCUCCAGGUGCAGGAAAGGAUUCUACUCUGGGAGCCCCACUCCUGCUGGAUGUCCAGAUGGAUUUGGGAGGUGCAGCCCUCUCUGUGCCAGGGGCUUUAGCCAUUUAUAAUGCUCCUGAGAGCCGGGCCUCCUACCUGGGGCCAGGGACCAGUCCAUCCCCCUGAAAUCUGUACACCUCUAAAAUGGCCUGGCUGAGGAACCAGCCUGCAACAACACACCCGUUUAGGCUUACUGGCGCCCCCUGCAGGGGUGACCAAUUCCCUACUGAUUGGCCACCUCUCUCUCCACCCCCAGCAACCCCCUCACAUAAACUGCAUUUUUUUUUCUGUU